CGCGGCGCGUGUCAGUGUCAAAAAAAUAACCUCUCUAGUGCGACGAUUCGUGUUAUUUUUAUUUAAUUUAGCUAAAUAAAAGUGUCCAAUAAUUAAAGUAUGGCGAAGGCGAAAAAUAAAAGAAAUUCUGGGCUAGCUGAUAAAGUUAACAACAAAAGAAAGGGAGAUGGGAUAAAGAAAAAGCUGAAUCCGUUCGAGGUGCACAUCAACAGAGAAAAAAUUAAAGUUUUAGGUAAAAAAUCUAAACAUGAUCGAGGAUUACCUGGAGUAUCGAGAGCUAAAGCUAUUCAGAAGAGAAAAGAAACUCUAGGAACCGAAAUGAAACUUAUGAAUAAGACGAACACAUUCAUUGACAAGCGUAUCGGAGAGAAAAACAAUCAGUUGUCAUCGGAAGACCGUAUGAUUGCGCGGUUCGCCGCCGAAAGGGCUCGGCAGCAUAGCAAAAAAGAUAUCUACAAUUUGGCAGAUGAUGAAAUAUUGACUCACAGAGGUCAAACUCUGGAGCAGAUAGAAAAAUUUGAUGAUCCAAGAUCAGAUGAUGAGGAUGAUGACGCAAAGAAGUUUGGAGGAUUAGAUGAUGACUUCGUAUCAGAGGGCCACUUCGGUGGUGGUAUUCUAACAAGGACUGAAGCGAAGGACGGUGCUAAAUCUCACAAAGACCUCAUCGAGCAACUCAUAGCGGAAUCGAAAAAGCGCAAAGCAGAAAAACAGAAAGAGAAAGAACAAACUUUGGACUUGACUGAGAAGUUGGACAGCGAAUGGAAGGACUUACAGCCUGUUGUUUUCAAACGACCACGGGUAGAAGAAAAGGAAUCGGCUAUUGAGAAACUUCUCAGUCAAGCGGAGAAGAAAAGCGAAGAUUACGACAAGAUGAUGAGGGAGUUGCGGUUCGAGAAAAGAGGAACGCCUUCAGACGGUCUGAAGAAUGAUGAGAAGCAAGCGAAGGAAGAACAGGCGAGGCUGGAGAAGCUAGAGCGAGAGAGAUUACAGCGGAUGGAGGAAGAUGAAGAUAUGUUCACGCCAAGAGUGCAGAAAACUGUGCCGAAGCAUAGAUCUGCCGAUGAUUUAGAAGACAAUUUUGAUUUGGAAGAUGAGAAGCAGUUCAUGUUAGCAUACGACAAGGAUGGAAAACCGCUGGUACCAGAAAAUGUACUCAAAGACUACUCAGUUCCAAACGCCAAACCCAAGUUCAAUGAUGGAAUAUCGGACACCUCAUCAGAAGAAGGCGAUGAUGAUGAUGAUGAGAGCGGAGAAGAUGAAGAUGAUGACUCCAAUGAUGAACAAAAUAUGACCAACAAAAAUGAUGAAACUGCAGAAAAAAGUGACAAAGAAGACAGUGUAGAAUCUGAGAAUGAAGAAAGUAGCGAGGAUUCUGAUGAUGACAAAGAAGUAGAAACAAAAAAGAAUCAGAAAGGUCAAUCAAAAAAAGAAAACAAAAUUGAAAAAGACAAUGUAACAGAUACAAAAGAAGCUAACAUCUUAAAAGAAAAACUAAAUAACGCUAAAAAGAAUGACACAAAUAGUAUUUUAAUAAGUGAUAACAAGGAUGACAGUGAAGAUGAAUCUGGUGAUGAAAGUGAUGAAGGUUCAGAGGAUGAUGAUGAUGAAGAAGAAUCUGCAAAAGAUGUUGAUGACUUAAAGGAUUUAAGAGAGUCUGAAGAGGAAAGUGAGGAUGAAAUGGAUGUUGAAGAAGAUAAACAGAAAAUUAGCUCGUUCUUCGAUUUGAAGUUGGCUGAAGGAGAUAAUUUGAAGGAAUUGUUAACGGGCAAAACACCAGCACAGCAGUCCGCAGCGCUUCAGAAACUGAUCAAAAGCUACGACCCUGGGUUAGCUCAGAACAACAAAGACUUAUUAAGCAGACUCUUUGCCCACAUGCUACAGUAUAUUAACGAUAUAUUCACCAACUUAACCGACGAAGGCGAAGUCAUCAAAGCCUUCCUGAUAUUCGACAAACUCGCACCACACUUCUACGAUCUCGCCCAAACGAACAAAGUGUCAACGAAAAAAUUCGUAGUCGAAUUACUAAAAGAAAAACACGAUCAAUUUAAAAAGAAACCGAAAAGGAUACCGGAUCUAGAUACGCUGAUAUUUUUCAAAUUAAUCGCGUUGAUAUAUCCCACGUCGGACUUCCGGCAUUCCGUUACGACGCCAUCUUUAAUAUUCAUGUCCGAAAUUCUGACCAAAUCGAAGUUUAGCGACGCAUACUCGAUAUCUCGGGGUCUAUUUGUUACCACUCUAGUUUUAGAAUACACAACUCUAUCCAAAAGAUUAGUACCUUCAGCUAUAAAUUUCCUAAGAGGCAUUUUGUAUUUGUCAUCGAAUACCAGUAUUUUGAAUCCUAUACAAGUAGUGCCACCUUUCAAACUGCACAGAGACGUUAAGAUUUUGAAUUUGGAAGACGAUUGCUCCAAAAUGGCGGUCGAUAACAAAAUGGCGGCGAAGGAUUUCGUGUUGGAAGACAUAGACGAUGAUUUUAAAAUUCGUUGUUUGAAUGCGAGCAUGGGUAUUUUGAAGGAAUUUUUCGAUUACUUCAGCGAGUACGAAGCGCAGGCUUGUUUAUUCGCCCCACAUAUAGCGCUAGUCGGCCGGAUCGACUUGGAUUUUUACCCGAAGAAAGUGCGAACGCGGGUUUCUGAGAUAAUGAGCUAUAUGAAGGGCGUGUUGGAGGUUAAAACGUACACACCACUUACGAAGGAGCAGAAGAAAAUAAAGAUGUUGCGGCUGUAUGAACCGGACGUCCAAGAAGUGUUCACCGGCAGCAAGAGUUCGAAGAUGUCCCGCGAGACCGCAGAGCGGGCGCGGCUCCAGACCAAAUACAAGAAAGAGAUGAAGGGAGCGCUGCGCGAGAUACGACGGGACAAGGCAUACGUCGCCUCCGUCAAGAUCCGCCAGAAGAUUCACAGCGACAAUGUGAGGAGAGACAAGGUGAAACAGAUCUACAAGGAAGCUUCGAUACAACAGGGCGAGCUGAACAAACUAAAACGAAUGAAGUGACAAUAGUGCAACCUUGUAAAUAUACAAUUUUAUGUAA